AUUGAGGCCAGUGUAUUAGUUCUGUUCUGACAUUAUGAUGACGAAUUUGCGCUAUUAUCAGGAAGCAAACGUUCUUCAUUGCUGACCACUUUUUUUUACUUUAUUUUAAACUGGAGAUGAUCUGAGGUGAAAAUGUCUGUCGUUCAAACCGAAGUGGAAUCAGAGUUGAUCCUCCGCCAGCAGCUGAAGUGUCUGAGCGAUACGCUGAGGGAGCAGCUGCAGCAGACAAAGAGGAGACACAAAGACCAGCUCCUGAGGAGGCUCCAUCAAAGCCGCCUCUCUUCACCGGAUGUCAGCCAGAUCUUUCCACAUGAACCCGCUCCACAGAAAAAGAAUUCAAACUGGGAGGAACAACUGGACUCAAUCUGGAACAAUCCGACCCCCGCGCCGAAGUCUGUGCCGAAAUCCAGCGAGCAGAUGAAGCAGGAGCAGGAUGAAGCCGAGUGUCUGCGACAGUUCCGAGCCUCGCCGGUCCCGGAGCAAACCAAGCGUCCUCUCUACCAUCAGAUCACGGAGCUGAAAGAGAAGCAGAGAGAGAAAGCCCGGGAGCAGAGGAAGAACUUUCUGCUGUCGGAGCAAAAACCCUUCAGCUUCCACGAGAGAGAGAAGAUGAAGAAGGAGAAGCAAGAGGAUCAGACGCUUCAGAGGGCCAAGAAAUCCACACCGAAGGCAGCAACAAACCAGCAGGAGGCGCCAGAGAAACCAAUGGCACCAAAACUCCGCACAGCGGAUCGAGCCAGAAAAGAGAAGAUGGGAUUCCUGUAUGAGAAGCCGAGUUUUCACCCAAACAUCAUCCACCAAGUCCCAGACUUCCAGCGGCUACACAGGAACCUUCAGACGGACGGUCUGAGAAGACCCCAUGGCACGGACGGCACCAAGUGUCAGCCCUUCAUCCUGAGGACGUCAGCAAGGCCCGUCAGGCAGCGAAGGAUGAGUGUGGACAACAUACAGGCACCAAAUGAAGGGAAACUGCAAAGAAGCAAAUCACUGGGAACCUUGAAGUCUCUGUCCCCCGACACACUCCCGGUCUACAUCACCGACGCCGUGAGGAGGCGGAGUCAUGCCAUACGGAAGUCGAUGGAACUGCGGGAGAGUCAGAGCCAGGAGACAUCAGACUGGUUUCUGAAGAACCAGAUGAAAACCCAGGUCUUGAGGAAGUCGGUUUCCCUCCAUGCCAAGUUGUUGGACCCUCACAACAGCUUGAAAGACGUUUUUAAGGAGAAACUUCAACAGCACCGGGCGGCUGACCAGCAGAGGAUGAGAGAAUACAAGAGGGAGUUACGGGACAUCAACGCACGAGUCACCGAUCGGCCAUUUUUGUUUGAACAGCUGAAACAGCGAGACGCCAAGACGUUGGUGGAGAACAUGUUCAAGAAGAAGCUGAAGGAGGUCGGCAUGAAGGAGGAGUUCGUGGAGGAAAAGGGACGAGCGGCGGACGGAGCCUCCGAGGAUGAUGAUGAAGUCCCCAGCAAGGAUGAAGAGGACGGAGAGAAAAUUGAAGAUGUGGAGGAAAAAUAGCGUGAAGAGCGGCCAUGGUGUCCAGCCGCCACUGGUUUUAUUUUUGUGGCUGGAACGACGACUCUUGUCCUGACGGCGAGCUUGCGACGGGAAUUCGAUCCUCAGUGAUGUGCAGCCAUCAAUUUAGAAAUCAUCUGCAGAGAGUCGCUGAUUUUUCACUGGAAAAGUUUGUCGGAGCGAGGCUGGGAGGCUCCAAGAUGGAAGGAAGACAGGCGACCACACACGCUCCUGAAAACUGGUUAGAGCCCUGGUAAUGUAGAGCAGUGUUUUUCAACCGGGCUGUGCCAUGAGAGACGGUCAGGUGUGCCGUGGGAAAGUGAUCCAGGUUCACCUCAUGUGUCCGGAGAUAGAGGCGGGCGAUAUGAUGACAUUAAAUCAUGACAAUGAGAAGGUGUUGAGGAGCAACCAAGGUGAGGAGAUCACAUGGAUUCGCUGACAUUCUUUCUCUCCACUCUACUGUAGAGCUACAGUGUGUUGAUGCGCUGAUCUGAAGCCGCUCACAUGCGCAGCUUCCUGCUGUUUUUAAAGCCGGUGCGCCUCUAACUUGACCACACACCACAGAACCAUGGAGGGAGGGAGGGAUCCUUGUCGGACCCUCGAGGCCAAAGACUGUCUGCACCGCAGAGCUAACAGAGCUAACGUGACGUCUCACUUCAAAACUUUAUUGAUAAUCAUGGAAUGUCAAAGUUUGCUAUGUGGUUUAAAAGUUGGCGAAAAACUAAAUGCACUACAAAAUAAAUGCGCUCCAAUGUGAAGAGGGAAAGAAUCAUCAGCAGGUUCAGGCAAAGAAUGCUAAGGAUUUGUCUGGAAACUCAAAACUACAAUAAAAUCAUGCAAAAGAGAAGUGAUUUAAAGUAGGUAAAUAAAUAAAUAAAUCAUGAUAUAUGUUGCCAUAUUGCCCACCGCUCUCUGGACACAUUUGAAACAAAUACAUUUUCUGCAGUUUGUUUCUGCAGUUGUUCACAAAUGAAUAGGGAUUUUCUGUAGGACUUUAAGCACAAGUGCGCUUUGGUCGAGGUUCCUUUGGUGGCGAGGCCCAGGAUGAACCCCUGAAAAACACUGAUCCAGAGUAAAGUUUGA